GCGCAUGGCCACUUUCAUUCGCUGAUUUUUUUGCCCCUCUGUCUUAUGCUGGUCUGCACUACCUGGCUGUCAUCAAAUAUGUCAUCCGGCAGAGGCGAACGAUGAUGUUUGGGUAGUCAGAGUAUAUGCUUGACAGUCUGCUUGCAAUUUUUAGUAGUAAGAAGUGAAAAAGUUUCUCAUACGCUGUUCAAAAACUGUGCUCUAGUUGAAGUGUCGAAGAUUACAUUUUAUCAUAAUUUUUAAAGUGAAUUUUCUGUUUGAGUUUUAGCUUAUUGAUUGUGAUUCGGCAAGGUGUUAUUUCUUUGCAAAGAUAAUUGUAAACCGUUUUACCAUGUGACCCGGAGAUUGAUCGGAUCUUGCCUAGUUUCAUUGUGGCCAAAACUGCGCUUAUGAAUCUGUAAUGUGAGAGUGUCCAACAGCGGGCAGCUGACCCACUCCAUGAAAAAUUCUACCGAUGUUGAAGAUGACGGAGGAAACGGGUGCCACCAUAGCAGUGCAAUACAAAUUGGUGAAUGAAGAAACCAUCAAACCGAAACGCAAGCAACUUUUACUGAAAAUUGCAUCGCGAAGAAAUAAAAAUAAAUCCUAGAGACUGGGGAAUUACACGGAGAGCAUCGAUAAGGGGAACGAGUUUUUAUCAAUUGACGACAAAUUCGAGUUGCUGAGACGCGCUCCAUUAUUACCUACGCACCAUCAAUUUAAUUGAUCUCGGCGCUUUAAGCACACAAGGCGCAACGGCAAACAGUGAAAUGUUAAAUAAGGCACAAAAAUUGUUACUCGGGAUAGUAUUGCUAGUGCUAGUCGAUGUUAUCUGGGUGUCUUCGAGCGAACUAACCAAGUUUCUCUACAAUGAAGAAAAUUACGACAAACCGUUCUUCUGUACUUAUUUUAAGUCGUCGAUGUUCACAAUCUAUCUGGUGUUCUUGGGACUCAUUGCUCCGUGGAAGGAGAGUUGCAAUCGAAAUGGAAACUAUGCGCUCAUGGAUGCGAAUGAGGAGGACGACAGUUUUUACGGGAAUGGGGCUUCUAGUCUGAGCGAUUCCUCCUUCGUCCCGAUCAAAGCGGACGCCCAGGUGUCCGGAACGGAGAGCGAUGAUUCCAGUAUACGAAGUGUCCGGUUUAGUAAGGUGGCCGAGGUUCGCGAGAUGUCACCGCACGAAGCCACCGAGGCACUCAUGUCGCGGCUUUCGUACGCUGCCAGCUUACGGGUCCGACGACAAAAGUCACAUCACAAGACUGCUCGCACGGCGCUAAUGUUCUCGAUUCUGUGGUUUAUCGCCAACUACAUGUUUCAACUGGCAUUGGAGCCGAGUGAAACCGCCAUGGUCACCUUGCUGAGCUCAACCUCCAGUCUCUUCACGUUGGUCCUGGCAGCCAUUUUUCCUUCAUCGUGCGGCGAUAAGCUCACUGUGUCAAAAAUCUUUGCAGUUCUUUUGAGUAUCUCCGGUGCAGUCAUGGUUUCCCUAUCGGAGAUCAACGAGCCGAAGAUGACUCGGGGGAUUGUGUUGGCCAUAACGAGCGCCUUCUUCUAUGCCUCCUAUUUGGUGCUAGUCAAGCGAAAAAGUGAUACGGAGGAAAAGAUCAACAUCCCGCUGUUCUUCGGAUUUGUGGGCAUGUGGAAUCUGCUGCUGCUGUGGCCACUGCUGUUCGUUCUAAACUUCUCGCAGUUGGAAGUGUUCGAGCUGCCGUCACGGAAACAGUUUAUGGUGCUUUUCCUUAAUGGUUUAGUCGGGACGGUUCUCUCAGAAGCUCUAUGGCUGUGGGGCUGCUUCUUGACGUCAUCUCUUAUCGGAACGGUAGCGAUUACGUUGCAGAUACCGCUGGCAAUGCUGUUCGACAUGAUGCUGCACGGCAAGAGCUAUCCAUUGCUGUUCUAUCUCGGUUCAUUGCCAAUGCUUUUGUCGCUGGUCCUCGUGGCGUUCCUGAUGAAAUUCGAUGACACUGAUCCGUUGUUGAAAUUCAGCAAACUAAUCUACCGGCGACUGUGGAAUUGUCGAAAAGCAAACAUAGUCCGGAUACCGGACCUUGAGGAACAGCACGAGUCCCUGAUCGACGAUAGUCAUGAGAAUUGAAGAUACCUUUCAGGAGUUUAGCAAUGCCAGACGAUUUCAGUGAUAACGGAUAAGAUUACUUCCUAUAUAUGGGCGAAUAUGCAAUAGGAAUUGCGUGUCACAGGCACUCAUAGAUUAAGUUUCCGCAGACGAGUUUCGAUCAAUGACUUCAAUCCAUGAGGUUUCUUGUUUUUGAACAAAUUACAAUUCUCCAUCUGACCCGGAUCCGGAAACCCACGAGCUCGAAUAAGUUAACCAAUUCAGUAGAUAUACGUGUCGCGAAGUGUCGUCCGAAUUCCAUUGAAUUGAUGUGGUCGUUUUGAAAUGUAUUACAUGUUAGAAUUAAAACGAUAAGGAUAACACAAUAUAGGCAAUAAGUGCUAGAUAAUUGUGUCUUGCUUCGUACAGGAUUUAGAUAGAUUUGGUUUAGCACAAAUGAGGCAUUUCAGAAAUGUUUUUGUACCAAUAGUUAAUAGAUUUUGGUGUCUAACGCAAAUCAAAAUGUGAGCUAACCUCAAAAAGGGAUGCCACGAUAGGGCACAAGAUCGUAUUUACAUACAUCAGAUGUAUAUUUUUGUACAAAAAUGCAUUAUUAACAUCACAUUUAUUUUUAGUAUAUGUGACCAGUAUUUUGUCAUAAUAUUGUCUUAUUAUUUUCACCAGUUUAUGCUUCAAACAGUUAUUUCCAAUUGGCUAUUGAGAUUCACUUAUUAGACAACGCACGCGCCCUUUGGUGUAGAUUCCACUUAUUGUACAUCCUUUGAAAUACGACUAUACGGUAUCUACACUCACACAAACUAUGUAACUGUCAGUAUAUAAAGUAGCGAUCAAAUCAAGUUUGGCUUACGGCACAUUAACAACACACCACACAAUUACAUUCCUACAUAGGUUAGGUUUUGAACAAAAUAAAUUUAAAAAAAUCUAAUUUGUGAUAUCCUAGUUAAGGUAUACAGUAAACUGAAAACAACCACUCUAAACUGUUUAGAAAGUUUAAUAACCUGUUUUAUCUGUAGCCAGAGUUGACUUAUACUCCACAGUAGAGGAAACAAAUGAGGUACGGUAAAAAAAAACAUCACCUAAAGUGUGUCUCUCACUACAAAGACUAAUGAUUUUCGAACAAUAAAAGUGGAAUACAAAACUUACAACAAUGUUCUAGACAAACCAUAGACAUUCCAAUUUUACACCAUCAAACUAGGGGCUCGUAUUUCGUUGACUAAGACAUCCGAAAUUAUUGCUGUCAAGUGUAAAUAAUAUCCCAUUUUAAAAAUAUA